AUGGCGGAACAGACCCAAAACUCGUACCAGAGGCAGCACCUCUUCCAGAACGCCAAGUCGAAGGGCGGGAAGAAGGUUACCACCAAGACGAAGCGGUGGUACAAGGAUGUCGGUCUUGGAUUCAGGACACCAGCUGAGGCUAUCAACGGCACCUACAUCGACAAGAAGUGCCCCUUCACUGGCGAUGUCUCCAUCCGCGGACGUAUCCUUACCGGUGUCGUCCACUCGACCAAAAUGACCAACACCAUCAUCAUCCGCCGAGACUACCUCCACUUCAUCCCCAAAUACCGCCGAUACGAGAAACGCCACAAGAACCUCGCUGCCCACUGCUCCCCCGCUUUCCGUGUCGAGAACGGCGACCAGGUCACCGUCGGCCAGUGCCGUCCUCUGUCCAAGACCGUCCGAUUCAACGUCCUCCGUGUGGCCAAGAACAAGGCGGCGGCCAAGGCUUUCCAGAAGUUCUAG